AUGUCCCAAUAUGUAGAUGGAAGGGACUUGAAAAAGGAUAAAGAUGAUGUGAAAAAACCGGAAUGGUUCUUUGAUGUCCCUUCCGAAGGGUAUGGUGGCGGUGAAGGAGUUGGUGGAGGGUAUGGAGGAGGAGGACUUGGUGGUGGUUCCGGUGGUGGAUAUGGAGGAGGAGGUGGUGGUAGUGGUUCCGGUGGUGGACAUGGAGUAGUGGGUGGAGCCGGAGGUAGUGGUUUAGGAGGUGGAUAUGGAGGAGGAAGUGGUGGUACUGGUUUAGGCGGUGGACAUGGUGGAGGUAGUGGUUUAGGGGGUGGAUAUGGAGGAGGAGGUGGUGGCAGUGGUUUAGGUGGUGGACAUGGAGUAGUGGGUGGAGGUAGUGGUUUAGGUGGUGGAUAUGGAGGAGGGGGUGGAGGUAGUGGUUUAGGGGGAGGAUAUGGAGGAGGAGGUAUAGGAGGUGGAAUAUCUAAGGGAUUUGUUGGUGGAAUUGGAGGUUAUGGACAUGGAAUACAUAAAGGAAUUGUAGGUGGAAUUGGAGGUUAUGCUUACAAAGGAUUUGGAGGAGGUGUAGGAGGGAUUGGAGGGGGUGUUAUUGGUGGAGUUGGUGGUUUUAUUGGUGGUCACAAGAAUGUUGUUGAAGCAAAGAAGCCUUGA